AUGGCGAGUGGGUGGAUGAAGUCAUUGCAAUGCAAGUCAAGGGCUUACGAAGACGUGUACCACCCAAACUCUAAACACUUCAUUCCCAGUGCCAGUUGCAGAAAGAGCGUCCAAAACAUCAAAGACGUCGUCGUCGACACAACCAAGCCCAGGCCCAAGCCCAGACACAAACCCAACCCCGAAAAGCCUCUCCAGAAACACCCCAGCUCCAGAUACCCUUCAUCCGCCGUCAAGCCCGAUUUCGAGACCACUAUCAACCGCUCGCGGAGCGUCACCGCCACGGCCACGCGCCACGCCGACCCUCGCUUCCCUUCUCUCACGGAACUCACCGAGGGGCAUCCUUCGAGGAACGUCGUCGAGAUAAUCUUCCACACCAGCUGGGGACCCAAGCCCUUCUCGGGCCGCGUCGAGAUGAUAUUUAAAGUCCACAACGGCCCACGAACGGUCUCUCGUUUCGAGGAGUAUCGCGAGACGGUCAAGGGCCGGGCCGGGAGCGGUACUGGACCGGCCCAUGAUUACGAGGAGAAUGCGCGAUGCGUGGCCGAUGGGAAUGAGGUAAUGAGGUUUCACUGCUUGGGUCCCACCUCCAGCGGCGGCCCUUACGGCGGAGCUUGCACGUUAUCCUUCCCCGGCGGGAAAGGCUCGGCGAUCUGCACAUUUGCAGGUAGCGGCGACGCGCAUGAAAGCUCCGGCGGAGGCAGGGGCAGAAGGGCCAUGCUGGUGUGCCGGGUCGUAGCGGGUCGGGUCUCCAAGCAAAACGGUUUUAUGGAAUCGUUGUUGGAUGGACGAGUUGGGUUCGACUCGGUCAGUGGGGACAACGGCGAGUUAUUAGUGUUCGACCCGCAUGCUGUGUUACCCUGUUUUCUUAUCAUUUAUAAAUUGUAA